UUUUUCUUUAUCCCUUGAAGAAGGAGAGAAAAAAAAAAGUGAGUUAUUACAGCUCGUAAAAUCGAAAUCUAUAUCUACAUUUCCCCCAAAUUUCUCCUUAAUCUCUCCCCCCAGAUUUAGCCCUAAACCGUUACUUCUCUCUCCCUCUCUCUCUCUCUGCAUUUUCCCGGAAAAUUUUACCCUCUGUCAAGUUUUUCCUUGUAUGGUCAAUGUUCUUAAUCGACCUAUAUUCUCUUCGUCUCUCUGAAAAUUCUCUGACCCCUCCGAAUUCGAUUCGUCAAUUUGGGGGCAAUUAGAAACCGGAACAACAAUUACCUCCUAGUUGCUUCCUUCCUCAGAUUCGGGAUUCCUUAGAUUCUUGCUUCUUCUCGACUCCAUCUGUUUUCUCUUCUCCAAGGUUUUUGGGGUCGAGGAGGAACGGAGACAAUUUUCCCUCGAUUUCUCUCCUGAUCAAUCGUCGUUGACCAGAUCUUUUCUAUCUAUCAAUCUCGUUUGCUCCACCAUGCGGUGACGGCGGAAGAAAAACCGCUAGGUUUCAUUUGGAUCGAGCUACCUCGUCAAUCUGGUGAUAAAUGGGUUUUUUGAAUUUCGUUUUCAGAUAUUCAACCUUGAAUGUUUUACUUCUCGUCAUCAUUCUCAGCAUCCAUGGCUUCCUCCUUGUCCAAUCACAAGAUCAACCUCAAACUCAGUCACCUCCUCCUCCUCCGCCGUCGCCACCUCUCGAGAAUAUCUCGCCGCCGCCGCCGCCUCCGUUAUUUGUCGUGUUGCAGUCUCCGCCAACUCCCGUCGAAUCAGGCAAUACGCCACCGAUUCCACAGCUAAAUACGCCUCCUCCUCCUCCACCCACUCCUCAGGUCAAUACGCCUCCUCCGCCUCAAGCCAGCGUUGACAUUAUUGCUCCUCCUACUUCUCCGCCGCCACCGUCACCAUCACCUCCGCCUCCUCCUCCUCCUACUUCUUCUCCACCUCCACCACCGCCGCCGAUUCCGAAAUCCCCUCCCCCUCCCCCUCCGCCGCGUGCGCUAGCUUCUCCUCCACAAUCGAAUAGAAACCAACCACGGCGGCUACGACCGCCAUCUCCGCCUCCUCCUCCUCCGCCGCGGAUCUUCAAGCAGUCGGAGAAAAGUGGAUUAAAUACAGGGAAAACGGUGGGUCUGGUAUUUGCUGUGUUUGCAGCAAUGUUGCAGAUUUGCGUCGUUGCCUUCUUGGUUUUCAAGAGAAAGCAGCUUUUGAGGAUGACACACGCUUACUGAUUUGGAGAGAAACUUAUUGAAUUUUCAUCACUUUUGGGAACGAAGAAAAAGCAUCACUAAAAAGGGAUUCACAACUGAUUAAGAUUUGCAUUGAUGUUUUCCUCUCAUCGGAUCAAGAAGACUUGAUCAAGACUUUUCCCUCUGUAAAUUGGUAAAUUGACAAUUCCCUUUUUUUCCUUUCUUUGUAUUCAUCUUUCCGUCUGAUUUUUUUUGUUGUUCUUUUUAAGGUCGUGUAGUUUUUUUCCUUUACAUGCCUAACGAUGCUAACUAGAGUGAACAGAGAGGUCGAAAAAAAAACAGAGAAGGGGUCAAAGUCAUGUAAAAUUGUUUUAGGGAUUCUGUGAGAUGUUCCAAAAAAAAAAAAACGAUAUCUAAUUUCAUUUGUGAGUUCGCAAAUGUGUUGUUCUUUGAAUAUCCUCUGAAAUAAUUCAGGGUUUGUACACCAUUCCCCUGUUUAUGCAUAUUCGU